UGCAGGUUCUUUCCUUCGAUUCGAUCUAUCUAUGACCAAAACAAAACCCAAUAACAACAACAACAACAUCAUCUUCUUCUUCAUCGCUUUUUCUACUAUCUACCCAGAUCCCAAGUUUGAAUCUUUCAUCCCUCUUACGAUUCAAUUUUCAUAAAUUGUUUCAAUCAAUCAAUCAAUCACAAAUACUUAAUAAUUAUGUUUAGCAGAGUUUUUGGUAAACCUAAACAGGAAACUAGCAGUAAUGCUGUUGCCACUUUAGACAAGUUAAACGAGACACUAGAAAUGUUAGAGAAAAAGGAAAAAGUACUCCUUAAAAAGGCCGGAGCAGAAGUUGAAAAAGCCAAAGAAUUCACCAAAGGAAAGAACAAAAAAGCGGCAAUUCAAUGUUUGAAGAGGAAGAGGUUAUAUGAACAACAAAUUGAGCAGCUUGGAAAUUUCCAGUUGCGUAUUCAUGACCAGAUGAUAAUGUUAGAAGGUGCUAAAGCCACCACAGAAACAGUAGAUGCGUUAAGAACAGGAGCAGCUACUAUGAAAGCUAUGCAGAAAGCAACGAAUAUUGAUGAUGUUGACAAGACCAUGGACGAGAUAAAUGAACAGACUGAGAACAUGAAGAUGAUUCAAGAAGCACUGUCAGCUCCAAUUGGUGCAGCUGCUGAUUUUGACGAGGAUGAACUGGAAGCAGAACUUGAAGAAUUGGAGAGUGCUGAGUUGGAAGAACAGCUUCUUCAGCCAGCAACUACAGCUCCUGCUGCCGCAGUGCACGCCCCACCUGGUCGCCAACCUACACGCCCUGUUCCUGCAAAGCCGACUCCUGAGGAAGAUGAAUUGGCAGCUUUGCAGGCUGAGAUGGCACUUUGAGCGGGUGUGCAUAUCGAAUUCAAAUGGUGAUUUAUUUGGCUAUCUGAUACUUUGUGUGGAUAUCUCAUGCACUGCACCUUUAAAAGUUAUCUUUCGAUACCAAGUAUGUAAAAUGAAAAGUAUAUUCUCUAUACUCGUAGCAAUGCCAAAUAUAUAUCGACUAUAGAUUCAUAAAAAAAUAUAAGCGUCACUUCAUAUUGCACUAAUGCAAUCAGAAAACUUCAUUUUACAUGUUUUGAUGCUAAGUAGGAGAGAAAGACAUGUGAUGUGAGUGAAAUAUAGAAUUUGGUACAAUGAUGAUUGAUAACUAUUAGACAGAAAUAGCUUGUUACAAAAAAAAUCACCAUUGCUGCCUUACCAGUGGUUUGAACCAGCAAUAACUUGAAAGUUUUUUACCUGAAGCCACUAGGUUCUAAUGUGCUAAUGACAGUUUAACAGUAAUUGAUGUGAAUUUGUUCUU